AAGCAGGGAGGGGGACAGGGUGUGAUAAACGUGCUGGGACAUGCUCAGCCUAGGGCCUUGUGUGUGAACAUUCUCCAUAUCUGAAAGAGGAAACAACCCCCCUGGACGGGCUGGAAAAACAAACCAGAGUGCUGGAGCCUGAACCCACUAGGUAGAGACUACAGUGAAAUAAAAAGGGAAGGUGCUGGGAUUUCUGUCCCAGUUCCCUGUGCGGAGCUCUGUGUCCCAUAUCAGCCUGUGCCUAGUAGGAGUGUGGUAAAUGAGAAGACCCUGUCCUCCUCCGUCUGCUGGGAGGGACAAGGAGCUCUCACCUUCUCUCUGUUCCUUGGAGCCUCCUGGCCACUCUGAGCAGGGUGGGGGUGGGAUUCUGCUCCUCUGGCCCUCCCAGAGUUGUCAUGUCUUUGUGCUUCUUCCCCCAUGAAUAGUGGGCUUGUGGCUGGGGCACCAGGCACUGAGUGGGGAACACCUGUUGUUUCAGAUGCUGGUGACCUUCGAGGAGGUGGCUGUGUAUUUCACUGAGGGGCAGGGGGCUCUGCUGGACCCCAAUCAGAGAGCACUCUACAGGGAUGUCAUGCAGGAGAAUUAUGAGACAGUGACCUCGCUGGCAGGACUCCCCAUUCCCAAACCUAACCUGAUUGCCCAGCUGGAACGAGGGGAAGAGCCAUGGGUCCCAGAUCUCCAGGCCUUCAGAGGAAAGGAAGAUCCCAAGAGGCACCCGCACAGCAGGUGAUAGGACUGUGAGUGAGAACAGGGAGGAGAAUCCACAUCAGGAAAGUAAAACACUGGUGAAACCACAGGGGAUGUUUUUGAGAAGAGCUAAAGGGAAUUCUUCUCAAUGCUGGGAAAAGGUCAAAACCCGGGGAAAUCAACACAAAUCAAAGAGGAACCUGGGAAACCACCCAAGGAAGAAAGUGAAUGAAUCCAUUCAAUAUGGGGUAGGAUGUAACAAUCACAAGGAAACCACAGCCCAGCCAAAAACCCACAUGGAAGAGAGAACCUACAAGUGCUUGGACUGUGGGAAAAGCUUCAGUCGGAACUAUUCCCUUAUACAACAUCAGAGAAUUCAUACAGGAGAGAAACCCUAUAAAUGCUUGCAUUGUGGGAAAAACUUCAGUCGGAACUACACCCUUAUUCUACAUCAGAGAACCCAUAUGGGAGAAAGACCUCCUAAUCAACUUGAUGGUGGGAAAUGUGUCAAUGAGAAUUCAAACCUUAUUACUUAUCAGAAAAUCCACACAGGGGAGAGACCCCAUAAGUGCUUUGAGUGUGGGAAAUGUUUCACUGAGAAGUCAACCCUUGUUAAACAUCAAAGAAUCCACACAGGAGAGAGAGCUCAUAAAUGCUUGCACUGUGGGAAAAGUUUCAGUCGGAAUUAUACCCUUAUUAUACAUCAGAGAAUCCAUACGGGAGAAAAACCCCAUAAAUGCUUGCACUGUGGGAAAAGUUUCAGGCGAAACUACACCCUUAUUCUACAUCAGAGACUCCAUACAGGAGAGAAACCCUAUAAAUGCUUGCACUGUGGGAAAAAUUACAAGCAGAAAUCAAGCCUUUUUUCACAUCAGAAAAUCCAUGCAGGAGAAAAACCCCAUAAAUGCUUGGACUGUGGGAAAAGCUUCAUUCACAGCUCACAGCUUAUUAGACAUGAGAGACUACACACGGGAGAGAGACCUUAUAAAUGCCUCGAAUGUGGGAAAAACUUCAGUCGGAACCAUACCCUUAUUCUACAUCAGAGAAUCCAUACAAGAGAGAGACCCCAUAAGUGCCUCAACUGUGGGAAGUGUUUCAGUCAGAAGACAAACCUUGUUACUCAUCAAAGAAUCCACACGGGAGAGAGACCCCAUAAAUGCAUCGAGUGUGGGAAAUGUUUCAAAGAUAAAUCAAACCUUAUUACACAUCAGAGAAUCCAUACUGGGGGGAGACCACAUGCGUGCCUGGACUGUGGGAAAAGCUACAGUCGGCGGUCACACCUUACUAAACAUCAGAGAAUCCACACAGGAGAGUGCCCCCAUAAAUGCUUGAGCUGUGGGAAAAGUUUCAAUCGGAGCUCAAACCUUGUAACACAUCAGAGAAUCCAUAUGGGAGAGAAACCCUAUAAAUGCUUGGACUGUGGGAAAGGCUUCAGUCAGAGCUCACACCUCAUUAUGCAUCAGAGAAUCCAUACAGGGUAUAAACCCUAUAAAUGUUCUGACUGUGAGAAAACCUUCAUUCAGAGAUCACACCUGCUUAGACAUCAGAAAGUCCACAUGGGAAAGAGAUAUCAUAAAUGCCCAGACUGUGGAAAAAGGUUUAGGAAGAACUCACACCUUAUCAUGCACCAGAGACUCCACGUGGGAGAGACACCUUGAAUGUGGGUGAUGCUUCAGUUGGGCACAUAUCGUAUCAGGCAUCAGCAAAUCCACACAGGGAAGAGUUCUUUUAAAUGUCCUUAGCAUGGAGAAAGCUGCAAUUGGGAAGCUAACUCCAUAUUGGACCUCAGAGACUCCUCUAUACAGGAGAGAAAUGCUGUCUGUGCUCUGACUAGGGCUGGUUACGGUAGUAUGUGACAGCGUACCCCAUAAGGCUUUAUGGGGGGGUGUUUAUAAAUGUAUGUAUGAUAUAACUGAAAUAUGUUUUGUGCUGCCUGUGCCAUGUAACAUAUCUCCGUAAAGGUUAUGGUCUACUAUAUC